GUUCAGAAAACUGUGCUUUAGUUUCUGAACUUUAUUCUGAACUUGCUAUAUUUUAUUUUUAGUUUUGACGGUGGCGGGUGACCGUUUUAGUUUUGUUUAUAAGUGACAAAAUCUACACAUUUCGCUCCCACGUGUGCUGUUAUGAAUACAGCUGUCAACGUGAAAGUUGGACGUAAUUUCCGGUGCGCUGUUGAUAUGAUUCCGGUCAGACUGUGCAGGUUUUACCCAGCUUGAAAGGUGUUAUUUUGGCCGUCUGUCUGUUAUUUAUCCAAGUAUGCUGCAUGCCUCUUGAGGUGAAGCCUCGUUUUGUUGUGUUGUACGGCUCUCAGAAGGGUCAGGCUCAGUCCAUAGCUGAGGGCAUCGCUGAGGAGGCUGAGGAGCACGGCCUGGUUGCUGAUCUCUGCUGCCUGAACCAAAACGACAAGUACAACUUGGAGAAGGAGCGUGUCCCGGUAGUCUUUGUCGUGUCUACCACUGGAGAUGGGGAGCCUCCAGACAACGCCCUACAGUUUGUGAAGCGCAUCAAGAAAAGGACCCUUUCACCUGACCACUACAAACACCUUUUAUAUGCACUUUUAGCUUUAGGAGAUACAAAUUACGCAAAUUUCUGCAACUGCGGGAAGACAAUUGAACGUCGUCUUCGGGAACUCGGAGCCAAACAGUUCUAUCCGACGGGGUACGCAGAUGACGGCGUAGGGUUGGAGCUGGUUAUUGACCCUUGGCUCAAAGGACUGUGGAAUUCCAUUAAAGACACCUUAUCAAAAAUGGCUUCUGAUGGAACUGUCCAACUUAAGGAAGAUUCUGCCAAAGAAAUUCCUGAGCCAUCAAUACCGGACGUCCAGUUGAACCUCUUGAACAUCACUGAUAAACAGAUCUGUGAGCCAUGCUCUAAAUAUUCAUCAACUUUGGCUAUUUCUGAUGUCAGGCCAGCUUCAGCGUCAACUGUCUCUUCAUCAGCACCAAAAACACAAGCUUGUAGUGAAGGAGUCCCCCAGGUCUCCUUGGCAGCCUCACUGACAAGCUCCCUACCGCCGCUGUCUGAGUCCUCUCUGAAUGUUCCUGCGCUACCUCCGCCAUACUUAGACAUUACUUUACAGGAAGCAGACGCUGUGGAGCAGACUGUUGAACGUUUGAGCAAGGAGAGUUAUAAUGAGGUGCCCAUCUCUAAGGCUGUUCAGCUGAGUAAAGGGGACUCGGUGAAGACAGCUCUUCUGCUGGAACUGGAUAUUUCUGCUUUUCCAUCCAUGACCUAUCACCCUGGAGAUUCUUUUGAUGUGUUUUGCCCAAAUGUGGCCGAAGAGGUGGACCAUCUGCUCCACAGACUCGGCCUUCAGGACCAGAAGAACCAUCGCGUUCAGAUCUCUCUUAAACACAAUACAAAGAAAAAAGGUGCUCAGGUGCCACCACACAUUCCUGAAAAUGUUUCACUGCUGUUCCUGCUCACUUGGUGCCUUGAGAUCAGGAGCGUUCCUAAGAAGGCUUUUCUGCGAGCGUUGGUGGAACAUACGUCAGACAGCGGCCAGAGGAGGAGACUGCAGGAGCUCUGCAGUAAGCAAGGCGCUGCAGACUACAACCUCUAUGUACGAGAUCCAAGCCUCAGUGUGUCGGAGCUUCUCGCAGCCUUCCCGUCCUGUUUGCCUCCUCUCAGCCUCCUAAUAGAGCUUUUGCCAAAACUGCUGCCCAGGCCUUAUUCAGCAGCAAGUUCCCAUCUCAGGCAUCCGGAAAAACUGCGUUUUGUCUUCAACGUGGUUGAGUUCCCAGCGUGCUCUGGGAGGCCCGCAGGCAGGCGAGGCUUGUGCACCGGCUGGCUGUUUGACCUCGUCAAUCCUGGCCUGGCUUUCCUUGAGAAGGCUAACCUGGCUCUGCCAAAGAUUCAUGUGAGUUUGAGACCCAACUGCUCCUUUCGACCUCCCUCCGACCCUUCGCUGCCCUUCAUUAUGAUUGGACCUGGAACUGGAGUGGCUCCUUUUAUAGGCUUCCUUCAGCAAAGGGAGGAGGAGAGGAAGAAAAACCCAGAGGCCAAGUUUGGUGAGACCUGGCUGUUCUUUGGUUGUCGCUACCGGGACAAAGACUACCUGUUCAGAGAGGAACUGGAGGACUUUGUGUCCAGUGGCACCCUGAAUCACCUGAAAGUGUGUUUCUCCAGAGAAGACAGGAAGGAUGAGGAGGAACCUCCCUCAGCAGCAAAACCCAGAUACGUCCAACACAAUCUGUUGCUCUGCUGCCGACAAGUCACCGACAUCCUGCUCAGACAGGACGGCUACAUCUAUGUCUGCGGCAUCCAUCUGCCAAGGCUGUCUGAUGUUCUGGUUGUUUCAGUAUUCAGUGUCAUUUUUCAGUGUGUUCACACAAUGGUGGCAGAGCAUCUCUGCCUCUGCUUAUUCCUUGGCUCAAGUCUUUUCAAGUGUGAUUUUUUUUUUCAGAGGUUUGGGGGGUAAAUAGUACUUGCUUCUACAUCACUACAGAUUCAAAUUGUGCAUAAAGUUAAUUUUCAUUCGGAACUGCAUCAUUAUCAUGAUUACAAAGUGGACAAAUUAAUUUUUCAAUCGCAAUCACCAGAACACGUGGAGCCAGCACAGCAGCAUAGGAAAUCUGAUUACUUGUAGCUUACCAGCAUAGUUUCUUACAAAGGUGAUGAAAAUAUUCUUCAAUUUUGCUAAAAAUGAAAGCAGUACCCUAAAUGACUCAAUUUUGGUUUAGCACAAAUAUAAUGCUCUAAUAAAAACGGGUACUACAAAUAUUUAUUAAAUUAACCUGGAAUAUGUACAGACUUGCAUAUAGAAUGUAUUUUUUUAUUAAUUUGGUAUGAUCAAACCUGUUGAAAAGCUGCGUGUGUGUCCUGACAACACGGCAACUUCAAACCUGGCUUCUUUACUUGUUUCUCACUGUACAUUUAACAUCACAUAAACAGAAAUGUUCUGUAAUGUACCCAUGCUCUUCUCUUGCAGCAUGCAGUAUAGUCUAUCCUUAAGUUUGAAUAGAAAGGUGAAAGGCCUAUGCAAGCAGUCCUUUUUAAACAGAUUCAGCUCGCUAACACUAUGGCAAAAAGAAAGUCAUAAGCAAAACAAACCAAAACUCUUGUUUUUGGUGUUCUGAGUUUAGGGAGAGAUUCCAAUACUGAUCACCCCUAAACGCCUUAACAUUUAACAUUUUAUGUUGCUAAUAAACUCUGUAAUGCUCAAAAGAACAGUCUAUUAAGAAGUGUAAAUACAACAAAAAUCAUGGUUCCUGGUGUUCUGUUUUUUUUUUUUUUCUUUUUUCUUCAAGUAAAUCCUCCUUACCAUGGAGGAGUGUUCACCAAUUACCGGUGAAAUGUCUGCCAUGCUACAGUGAUUUUCCCAGGCACUUUCAGAGUUUGUGGGUUGUGUUGUUCUUCCUUCCUCCUUCAUUACACCCCAAAGGUGUAGGGAUUCAAGCCAGGCCAUAUAUCUUAUGUUCCCCUUUCCCUCUGUGCUUUUGGAACAUUUUUAUUAUCCUGGUAAAAUAAUAUCACACAGUGUGAACAUGUCAUGGUCAUUUUAACUGUGUGGCCUGUUUCACAGGUUUUCUGGUACAUCGUAAAACAAACAGCAAAAUGGAUAAGGUAGUAUCAAGCAACACAACUUGACAUCAAAUGUCAACAAGAACUAUAAUGUCUUCCACAAACAGCAGCACCAAAUAGUGUUUAAUUGUGAAGCUGAAAGAGUAGGAUAGCAGACCUACAACUUUUUUUUUUUUUUAUAUGAAAGAUAUGGCAUGCAUUUAUAUCCAGCCCCUCUGAUUCAACACCUUUCACUGCUGGAUGCCUUUUUAAGAUAUGUCUCUGCUGGUGUUGCACAUCUAGAGACAAAACAUGUUUCCUGUUCUUUGCUCAAGCUCAGGCAGAUUUAAUGGAGAAGAAUCGGUUACUCCCCUUCUCAGUGCUCGAUUUUAUGCCAUGAGCACUUAUGAUGCCACCACUAAAUACCGUGUAAUCGCUUCAAAAUCUUUUGGCAAGCAUGCAAAACAAUCAUUUGUGCUUGACAAAUAUUUAACCCCUUUUCAGUCUACCUUUGAACUUCAGUUCUGUGCCAACGUCGGCAGAGUUCCAUAUUUUUUGAAGAGACGUA